AUGGUUUUGACGGAAAUAUUUGCCGCUGUACCGGUUAUCGCUCAAUCUUGGAUGAAAUCUAUGGCGACGGACGCUCCGGACGAGCUAAAGAUGGACGAUGGUACCGUAUCGUGUAUUCCAGCGUCGGAUUGUCACGUUUCAAAACAUUCGCCAUCCACUAUUGGUUCUGAUAAAAACGGAAAUGGAGAAAGGUGGUGCGGAGUAUUGAACACUUGCUACAAGACAAAUGGGGUAAUCAAAGAUGACGAUCCACGCGUUCACAUGAAAUUAUCCCGGAGCGACGAAUGGGUCCAACCAAAGAAUAUUGCAGAUUUCUUCACAGUAAUCAGGACGACAUUGGAGAAAGGAAAAAUGUAUCGAUUAAUAGCUGGAAAUACCGGAUCGGGAGUGUACCCACCUGCCAAUGCUCAAACUACCAUCGACAUUACUGCUUUGCCACUGUACAAAUGUUCCAUUGAAGGAGACACCCUCAAACUCGGGGGAUGUAUUCCGCUCGCAAAAAUGAUUGACUUUCUUCGGACUUUGGAUUCUGACCAGUUUGCCUAUGCAGAGCCGAUAGCUAAGCAUUUGUCGAGGGUGGCCAAUACGCCGAUAAGAAAUAGAGCAACACCUGCAGGAAAUUUAAUGCUAAAAUACCUCCACCCUGAAUUUCCGUCCGAUAUGUUUACAAUUUUGGAAAGUAUUGGAACAAAAAUAGAGAUAGCUUCAAUUAAUGAUGUCAAUGGGUCAACGUUAAUUCCAAUUUGUAACCUCCUGGAUACUAAUGUUUCUAUGAAGGGGAAAAUCUUAACUUCCUUAAUUCUGCCAAAAUUAAGUGGACAAGAGUAUCGAUAUCACAGUUAUAAGAUUUCCAAACGAUAUCAAAAUGCGCAUGCGUAUGUAAAUGCUGGAUUUCUAAUUAAAUUGGACACCGAAUUUAAUAUUAUUGAGAAACCAAAACUUUGCUUCGGAGGAAUUUCCAAAUCAUUUGUUAGUCCGUUAAUUGUUAGCUAA